CUCGACUUAAAGAGGAAAAAAAAAAAAAGCUGCAGGAUGCAGAACUCGUACGAUCCUGACAAACUUGUUUGCAUAAAAGUGCUCUGUUCUUAGCAACUGGUGAGGAUGCGAGAUGGCGUGGCGACCUACCUGUAUUUGAUAAGUGUGUUUUUCACCUCGUUGGAGAGGAGAGCGCAGAGGGAGAAAGUGUGCAGGAGCAAGCAGGGGAGGGAAAGGUGCGAGGCAAGCGCUUUGAGAGGAGAAAUGACUCGCACCGCGUGGAGAAGAGACUGAGCGACCGAUGCCAGACAGGAGGAGGAGGGAGGGAAAAAAAAAUUAAGAUCUGGUCAAACGCCCAUUUUGUUCUGGAGCGCCGCGGCUGCCAACUCGUCUUGAUGGGGACCCAAAGAGGAGACUGACUACUACUAAGGAAAAACUAAUAACAGAAGACAAUGGAUGUCCACAACAGCACUUUAGGCAAUGGGACAGUUCCCUACAGCCUCUUAGAGGUCAUAGCCAUCGCUACAGUGUCAGCCAUCGUCAGUCUGAUAACUAUAGUUGGAAACGUACUGGUGUUGCUCUCAUUCAAAGUAAAUAGCCAGCUUAAGACCGUAAACAACUACUACCUGCUUAGUUUGGCCUUUGCUGACCUCAUCAUAGGAGUGCUGUCCAUGAACUUGUACACCAUGUAUAUACUGAUGGACAAGUGGCCCUUGGGGAACGUUGCCUGUGACCUCUGGCUGGCAGUGGAUUAUGUGGCCAGCAAUGCCUCAGUCAUGAACCUGCUUGUGAUUAGCUUUGACAGAUACUUCUCCAUCACAAGGCCACUGACUUACAGGGCAAAGAGGACACCGAAGAGAGCCGCCAUUAUGAUUGGGCUAGCUUGGCUGGUGUCUUUUGUCCUUUGGGCGCCACCCAUUCUAUGCUGGCAGUACUUUGUAGGAAGGAGAACAGUUUCUCCCGACAAGUGCGAAAUCCAGUUUUUAACCGAGCCUGUGAUCACGUUUGGAACGGCAAUUGCUGCUUUCUACAUCCCGGUCUCAAUUAUGACCAUCCUCUACUGGAGGAUCUACAAGGAGACGCAGAAACGGACAAAAGACCUUGCAGAGCUUCAAGGACUCACAACUGGGAAUGUACCAGAGGGGAAUAAACCACAGAAGACAAUGAUUCGGUCUUGUUUUCAAUUCCCCAGAGAGAGAAGAGACCAGAGUCAGGCCUCUUGGUCUUCGUCUACUCAAAGUAAUGUUACUAAAAUGACCAGCAGGUCAGAUGAAGCAUGGGUGAAAGCAGAUCAGACCACUUCUUUCAACAGCUACACAUCAUCAGAGGAGGAGGAGCAUCGGGUUUCAAUAGAAACCCCACAAGGAUCAUUCAAAGAGCAGCAGACGGGACAGAGUAAUAAGAACGGGGAGGUUCCAGAUUAUCCAGAGGAGGAGUUUUGUUCCACUCCUCAGAAGAAGAGCCAUAAAAGCUUAAUUUCUUACAAGUUCAAAGGUAGCUCAAAGGGUAAAAAUGACAAUCCACCGAGUCCAAAACCGUGCCCUCCAGAGCCAGAGCAGCCGGUCAAAAAGCCGUCCACCUCGUCAUCCUCCACCGCUUCUAAGCCCAUAGACUCCGCCAUGAAGAACAGGAUCACCAAGAGGAAGAGGAUGGUGCUUGUGAAGGAGAAGAAGGCAGCCCAAACCCUCAGCGCCAUCCUCCUGGCCUUCAUUCUCACAUGGACGCCGUACAACAUCAUGGUGCUCAUCUCCGCGUUCUGCUCCAACUGCAUCCCUGAGUCCCUUUGGCACUUGGGCUACUGGCUGUGCUACGUCAACAGCACCGUCAACCCGAUGUGCUACGCUCUGUGCAACAAGACCUUCCAGAAGACCUUCCGCAUGCUCCUGCUCUGCCAGUGGAGGAAGAGGAGGCGAGGCAACAAUAAAAUGAACUGAUGUGGUGGUUAAUGCGUUUUAUCCCCACAUGACGGCGUCCAUUGAUAUUUGCUAGUAUUCAUUUGCAAUGUGGUGGUUUUUGUAUUUAAUAUAUGUUGGUAGAAAAUGAGAAAAAGUCAAAAUGACUGGAAGGAAAGUUUACUCAGCAUAUUAAAGUAGAUAAGCACCCUACUGUCUUUAAAGAUGGAUUUAUUUGAAGGCUAUUUUCACAUCAUUUUCCAGUAGAUGGGUGUAUUUAGAAGGAGUUAAAGGCUUUACAAAAGUUACCCUGAAUGAACAUACCUCGGAUUUUCAAACACUUUUGUAUAAAAGAGCCGAUGUGAACGAAUGAAAAAACCAAAACCUUUCUUGAAACGGAUGCUUCAGAUGAUGAUGCCUCCAAACCUCAGAAUGAAGAAUCUGUGAUUUGUGUACCAUGGUGGUUAAUGAUGUUGCCACUAUUCACAGCAAGAAAAACUGAUUAAAUAAGGAUAAUACAGUGUAUCUUUUCUAGGUGUUGUCUUCAAUCUGUGUUUCUGGGUCCAGCAUAAGUUACAGAAGUGCAAAAAGCUUGAAGUGCUCGUUUAUUAUAUUUGUUGCAUAGUACUGAUCUUUUUCAAUGCUGAUUCAGAUACACAGGUUGAUUUGAGAAGAUGUAAUUUUUUUGGUGACGUAUCUGAAAAAUCUCCUUAUUUUUCAUCCCGCCACAUUAAUUUGUGUUGCUUAGUACGAGAUUACCCAUCAUUCACUUGCUUAUUGCUGCUAAUGCUGCUUGCAUUUUCAGUAUUUCUUUUCUUGCUGGUUCUUGAUGUGAUUUAUCUGGAAAAGUAUUUUGUUUUGAGACUCACAACUGAGCUGUUAAUUAUGUCUUAAAAUUCUAACUAUAACUAUAACAACGAGGGGAUGUUAGGUAUCUGUGAUUGUGACUUUUCAAAAAAAGAAACAAAAAGUUGAGUUCAGUGUCACUUUUUCUCAAAUUAAGAUUGAAUAAAAUAAACUUUGUGAAUUUAAAUAUGUCAAAAAUUGCAAAUAAUUAUGCUAUAGUUCUCAAAGGUGUGCAUAACCCAGCCAGGUUUUUGGGAUAAGCAACCAAAAUAAAGCUUUUUUACUUUGUUUUUUAUGAAAAAUUCUGUCCAAUUCAACUUUAAAGCAACUUAAUAUUUUCAAAAUGAAAGUGGCAUUCACUGAUCCUAAAAGAAACUCUUAUUCCAGCUGUUAAUUUUAUCCACAACAAAACAUUUUUUUCAGUAUGACUAAAGGCAACUCCAGAGCAUGACGCUGCCACCACCAUGCUUCAUUGAGAUAUUUCAUUCCUAAUUUGUGUGCCUUUUCAAUUUGUGCCCCAGAUCUUUAUUUUCUGGUUUCAUCAGUCCAGAAAAAAUUUUUCCAUCAAGUUUUAGGAGAUUUUAUCCAGGCCUCGAUGAAAUCUCAAAAGAAAAAGAUUUCAUCAUGGAAUCCUAUUCAUAAAUCCAGGCAUGUAGAGAAUAAAGGAGACUGUUGUCCCACUAUACACAAAGAACAUUUCACAUAAAUUCAUUCAGCUUAUUCACCGUUUCUCGUCUUUUAAGUAAUUUUGGAGAAUAUUCUGGAUGACUGAGAAGACUUUCUCAGAGUGGUGAAUGAUUUCUGCAUUGAUUCAGUCGUAUGUUUAGGAUAAUCAGCCAGUUGAAAUGAAGCCCUACUUUCACGUUUCUGGCAGAGGCAACAAGAUUCCUUUCUUUGGAAGCGAAAGAGGCCCAAAGCAUCAUGGAUCCUCCACUGUACUCAACAGUAAACAUGUUUAUUUGCCAGAUAUUUGUAAUUUGUUUUAUGCUAUAUCAAACUCAUUUUCAUUUCAAGCCACAUCAAGAUCAAGAAUGUCUUAAAAUUAAAAUUAGAAUAUAAAAAACACUGAGCUGUAACAACCUGACUUUAGUGAGCAGCAAUAUGGACUUGUGUUUAUACAUGUACAAAAUAUAGAUAGCAGUAGUUACUUUAUUCUGCAGUUUCAUCAAUUACAGUGUUAAAACAGGGAGAUUGAAUUUGAAAAAUAGACAUUGUUACUGUUUAUUUAUAAUUUAUAUGCUUAACUGUUUAAAUUUCCCAAUCUAAAGUUUUAUUUUAUACUGUUCCGUAAGGUUCUUGUACAAGAUGCACAUCGGUUUUAAUGUUAAACUCUUCAUAUGCAUUCAAAAUGACUGUUGCUAAGUUUUAGAGAAAUGCUCCAUUCCUCAACUGAACAUACAGUAAAUAACACUGAAUCUGAUUAAUUAUGUAUAAAGAUAUUUACCAGAACAUGUGAAGUUUCACACCCGUAAAUAUUAAAUGUAAAUUACGUACACUGUUUGGGUUUAGUGAUGUUUUCUUCCAUUCUGUUUCUGGCUUUUGGGAACUUAUCUUGUGUUUAAGGGCUAACUUGUGCAUUUUGUGAAUUUUAAAAAGCAGUAGUUGAACAGUAAUGUACAUGUGAGAUUAUUUAAGGAUAACAUCCCUACCAGUAUCCAUCAUGUAAAAAAGACUUUAUAUGUUUGAAUGAUGACUUGGUAUUGACCCUUUGCAACUACGUCACUAAAUUAUUCGAGGCGCCAUGAUGGACGGCGGAAGUGAGGGAAGGGAGCAUUAAACAGAGCGACUGAAAUUGUUUUCCAAAGUUGUUUUUGCCAGUUUAUUUAUGGCUUCUACUUGUUCAAGUUCAGCUGAUUUAUCUGUGAAUGUAACACACCUGAUUGGGAAUCAUAGACGGAGGUAUUUACGGAAGUAGGAAGCAGCUAGCUUAGAAACCGACCCAUACUUCCUCCCUCCUGACGUGUUGAUCAAAUUACCGACUUUGCCUGAAUUCACACCAUAUGAUUUAUGUGAUUAUGUCAUUAUCGGCGAUUCCCCUUUACACAGAGAAAGCCUUAAAAAGGUAGAAAAGACAAGAUGCUAGCCACUUCUUUCCAUACAUGCUAGCCUACAUGGCGGCAUUGUCUCCAUGGUUACCAAUGGUUGCACGUACAUAAUGCAAUAUUGAAUAUCAUCUUUCUAGUCAAACUUACAUAUGAAGUUUAUAAAAGUUCUUAUCUUGUAAAAAGUGUUCGUUGCAAAUCCGCGGUUACACCGAGGGCUGACAGUCAUUAUGAUUAACGGCUGCUCUCCAUUACAGCCGCAUCUUUCCUCAUUAAAAGUUACAAAGUAAAAUGACAAGAAUGGUUUUCACCCUUGUCUAUUUGUGCAGCCGACUGCGCAGGACCCUGUGACCAUUUUUACUGCGAAAUCGACUUAAUAAGUGAUAUUAGGCUCCCAGAUGUGCGUUUUUUACAGGAGCGCAUUGGUUGUUUUGACGUCCGUCAUGGCGGAGCGGAAAGAGUUCUGAAGGCAGUGACGUCACGCGCAAAGGGUCGAUACUGCUCCAACUGUAAAUCUGUCACUGUUGAAUUUAGUUAUAAACUCUGUGCCUUUUGUUUUGUUUAUAUUUGUGACUGAAUCUGUGCUGCUCUGAACUUUUACUUUUACAAUCCAAAUAAAUGCAGAAAGAAACAAAGUCAGACAGACGUUCAUAAAGA